UUUGUAAACACGACUGCAAACGCGCACAGUGCGCGCUGCAUUCAGGAGUGAAUAAAAUGCACUUUUAUAGUUGUUCGGCACUUGUAGUGUCGUGACAAUUUGAUCAAACGCAAAAAGCUCCACACGCUGACCGCGGUGAAAUAAUGCUGGCUGUGGCAAUGGCAAUAUGUAAGCAAGACAAUGUUCCUCAGCGACCACCCACAGACUGAAGGAGGCUGCUCGGGGAGGGAGUCGAAGCUGAGGUGGGAGGCGGAUGGGGAUGAUGAGGCGGAGGACGCCAUUGCAGCCGCAGUUGGCCGUUUGUAACUCGGCUGAGGCGAGACAGAAGUUCCCAGAGUUAACAAUGUCGGCUGGGUUUCAGGGAUUUUUCUGUCUCGAGUCUCUCCGCUGGCACUGUAGCGUGGAAACAGACGAGUAAAGAUGGACGUUUUGCCACAGUUGAGAGUGAAAAUGUGGAGCCGCAGCGCUGAGCCGAAGCAGCAGUCUCCCCCCAUUCCUUCAGCGGUCCAGUGGCCCAGUUUCUCACCAUGAACACCAGUAGGAACUGCACCACGGUGGGGAAUAGCGAGGGUCUGGCUGCCCUGGAGUCAGUCUCCAUCGUCACCAUCACGCUGCUCGCCUGCCUGGGGAACCUGCUGAUUGUGGUGACCCUUUAUCGCAGGCCUUACCUGCUCACACCCAGCAACAAGUUUGUGUUCAGUCUGACUCUGUCCAACCUGCUGCUGUCUGUGCUGGUGCUGCCGUUUGUGGCUGUGAGCUCGGCAAAGAGAGAGUGGGUGUUUGGGGUGGUGUGGUGCAACUUCACUGCCCUACUCUACCUCCUCAUCAGCUCUGCCAGCAUGCUCACCCUGGGAGCUAUUGCUAUUGACAGGUACUACGCCGUUCUCUACCCGAUGAUCUACCCCGUGAAGAUCACAGGGAACCGGGCGGUUGUCGUCAUCGCCUAUGUGUGGUUGCACUCGCUGGUGGGCUGCCUGCCUCCACUGUUCGGAUGGUCCUCUUUUGAGUUCGACUGCUUUAAGUGGACAUGUGUGGCAUCGUGGCACAGAGAUCCGAGCUACACGGCCUUCUGGGUCACCUGGUGCGUCCUCCCCCCCUUCUUUGUCAUGCUGGCGUGUUACGGUGUGAUUUUCCGCGUAGCCCGCAUGAAAGCCCGCAAAGUUCACUGCGGGACUGUUGUUGUAGCCCAGGACGACUCCACUGGAGCCCAGAGGAAUGGGCGCAAGAACUCGAGCACCUCAACUUCCUCUAAUGGAAGUCGGCGGAGCCUUGUAUACGCAGGGAGUCAAUGCAAGGCCUUGGUCACCAUCUUAGUGGUGAUUGGCACCUUCCUCAUGACCUGGGGGCCUUAUGUUGGGGUGGUGUGCACUGAGGCUUUGUGGGGGCAGGGCAGUGUGUUUCAGUGGCUGGAGACUCUGGUAGCAUGGUUUUCUUUCUGCAGCGCCGUAUGCCACCCGCUCAUCUACGGCGUGUGGAAUAAAACAGUGAGGAAGGAGCUGCUGGGCAUGUGCUUUGGAGAUCGCUACUACAGAGAGUCGUUCGCCACGCGCCAUAGGACAUCCCGCCUCUUCAGCAUCUCCAACAGAAUCACAGACUUGGGGAUGUCCCCACAUCUGACUGCCAUACUUGCUGGUGGAGGACAGCUGUUGGCCCCAGGGAGCAGCACAGGAGAUACUGGAUUCAGUUUCACUCAGGACUCGUGCACAGAUGUGAUGCUAUUGGAUAACUUCUCCACAGAUGGCUCCUCCCUCGCACAGCACCAUGGGGCUCCGUCCGGGAAGAGGAGGAGCUCGGUCACCUUUGAAGACCAGGUGGAGCAUUCCAAAGCUGAAAACACAUCUUCAGUCCAGGUCCACGCAGAGGUGCACAAAUCUCUGGACACGUUUGCCUCCUGCUUGGCGAAAGCCAUAGAGAGCGACGCCAAGCUCGCCCUGUUUGGAGAAGGUUUGACUCUGCCGGGGGGGCUCUUUACAACGAGGGCUGCGCCAAGACCCAGAUACCUGGACGGUCAGAGACUGAGGCUGGAAAGUAUCGAUGAGGGGAUUGUCAAAGAUGACAGAGGUGAAGAGGAGCAGGAUUUGGAGGAGAAACCCGCCUGAACACAGCAGGUCCACUUUUUGGACUGAACUCUCCUUUAAAGGGUUUCCCACUCUUAACUCUGUUAAAGAGCUCUGUGGUACAGCUGAUGAAGUGUGCUCUGUUUCUACAUGGAUACUCCUUACUUGAAAUUUUUAGUAAACAGAAAGAAGGCGGCACAUUAUUCAUUCGCGCCAUGUUGGACCGAGUGCGUAGCAUCAGUGCCUUGACAUAAUUCUCUGAGAAUUAACGUAAUCAAAUAGGAAGCCUUAACUACUGUAACCUCAACAAUCUGAUCAUUGUAUUAACUUGUUUACUGCUACAGUAUAUAUUGUUAUUGUAUGUUUAUAAGCUUAAUAAGAAAAAUUGCCUCAGUGGGCAAAAUGACAGCAUCUUUUGACAGCUUAGAUCUUUUCAGGUGAAUUUUCUCUCCUAAUGUUGCACUCAGUCAUUCUCCCCCACGAGUUUUCUCUCACUGGAUAAUGAUGACUGUGAGGUCCAUGUUUCCUUAGCACGGUACAGCCUGCACACUUGUCAGUUUUAUCAGUACAUGAUGGUCUCAAGUAAUUCAGGUUUGGAUGGGAAAGAUUCCCAUGGUUACAACUUGUGCCAGAUUUCAGAUCAUGUGACCACUUUCUGCAGAUUUGUUCCUGCAAGGCUUAAAAAGACUUCCCACAGAUAAUAUCUGGUACAUGUGAGUUGAGUUACAUUUAUGACUAAAUAACAGAGCUUCUAGUUCAUAUUUCUGACUUUGCUGUUGACGGUAAUCACAAUAACUGCAGAGUGUGUGUGUGUGUGUGUGUGUGUGUGUGGCUUAAGCAGAGGUCUGGUCAGACAGAAUAAAUGGAAGCACCUGUGUAGGUGUGCAUUUAGUGUAAAACAAGAAACCUUAAAGUGAGCAGACAACAGUGUUGCACGUCCUUCAGACGCUGACUAUACCUUGUUUCUAAAAAGUGAACACACCUUCUGUAAUGAUGGUCAUCAGAUGGUGCAGCACACAAACAACAGGCCGACUUAAGAAGGCACCUUUCACCGAGGGCUGCGUUCAAGCAGGAAAAAGCAGGCAUAAACAGUGACAUGACCACGACUGUAUUAUAUUCAGCUGCUUCAGUAUGUACACCUCACCAUAUUAAAAACAUGCUAGAUUAGCUGCUAUCAGUGUAACACAACAGUGUGUUUACAGUCAUGACUUACAGGGACAGUGAAUGGAGCAGAGUCAUUGUUAGUUUUACCAGUAACACCUGUGCUUUUCCUCCUGCAGCAGGUCAGCAUUGAAGGUUGAAAUCACAAGAUUACCGGCAGGUGUAAAUGUGAAAGUUAUUCCAGCCUUCUAUCCCAGUGCAUAGGAAUGAUUAAACUUAGGAAAUUGGUGGACUGUUAAAGAAGUUGUCUUGCAGUGAAACAGUUUACAAUAUUUAUGUACUGGAGUCCAGAAGGGUAUACUACAAAGUACAACACAACCAGACAGCAUUAGCUGGCUCAGCAAAACCUAAAACCCCAGGAGGAGUUAAUGAUAAUCACAAUGGUGUUUCUCAGCUUUCUCUGUUAAGUUGGACUUUCUGCUUCAGGCUCUGUGGACGCUCACAUAAAACAAAGCGUUUCAUGUGUUAUACAUUUCUUGCCAUGUGAGUACCGCCUGCUUCAGUCAGCAGGUGAAAUCUAGAGAGAACAUAAAAUAUGUAACAGUAAAAUGCAACACUGUUGCAAGUAAGAGGUUAAUGCGGAAAAUUGUUCAUCUUGGGAUUUGGUGCACAGAACACGGAAACUGUUGGCCAACAUCUGUAAUAUAAGGUUCCUGCUGUAAGCACAGCUGGAUUUGCAGCAUUUCAUGAUUAUGUGCAACUGUGGACAAACAGUAGUUGCACUUGAACAUACAAUGUGUACUCUCAUGGCGUGUCUGAGAAGGUGAUAUGCUGCAGUUUAUUAGCAGUGAAGACCAAAUGAGAUGAUAAAAGGGUCUCGUGGGAAAAUGAAGUCCAGAAUCAGUUGUUUCUGUUAGUGUUGAAUCAGAGGAAACCUGAGCUAAAGGAAUAUUCAUUGGUACACUGGGCUGUAUCCCAGUUUAUACACUCCAGCACUCCCAGUAUUAGAGAUUUAGUAGAGAUUUUUAAAUAUGUAGAGCCCAGUGUUGGUGCUUCAGUCUUACCUCGUAUUUUUUCAUGUCAUGGUCUGUUUGUAAGAGAAAGAUAUACACCUGAGAAGUGAUGUAACCUUUUGAUUUUCAUUAUACAGUAAGUAUUAAUACAAAC